AACUUCGCCAAUGAUACUUUAACGAUUUGUUGACACAAUAGAAAUAAUAUAUAAGAUAUUUGUAUUAUGGCUGAACUUUCGGGCUUCCGAAGAUUUUCCCAUCCUGCACCACGAAGAGGUUCGUUGUUCGCAAAUGUUCAACGUGGUUCAGACUUGCAAAGAGGAUCAGUGGUAAGCAUCGCCACAACCGUUCAAACAACAGGCCAUAGUUGGAUGUAUAUUUUGCGAGCAAUGCGAAAACAAUUUUAUUCACUUUUACCUGGUUUUAGUAUUUGUACUUGUGCCAUAAUCUUAAACAGUAACUUCUAUUACGUUGAUUUAUUCAACAAAUUGAGUGAUAUUUAUGAUGGAAACAAUCACUAUGAUAUAACUGAUUGUGUGACGAUAGCGUUGUACUUUUUAGGUGCUUGCGUUGGUAGUAUUUUAGUAGGAUUUUAUCAAUACACAUGGCCGGCACGCAAGACAAAUUAUGUUAUCGGCGUUGUUUUGUUAAUAUCGUGUGCAUUUAUGUUCUGGAAACAUAUCGUAUCAUUCGCUGUUUCGCGGCUAUUGGCUGGAGUAUCUUAUGGAUUUAUUUACAUUCCGUUGAUUACACAAAUAGCGGACAAUUCAAUGAAAACCGUUCGUGGAUACAUGGCCACUUUAUUUGCCCAAUCAAAUUUGUUGGGACUUAUAGUCGGGGUCGCGUUUAGCGACCAUUCGUGGAAAGAAUUGACAUACAUGCGAAUAAUAUUUUGCGUUGUAUUGAUUGCUUUUCCCAUUGCAACAAUAAUAAUGACACGAUUUUUAACAUUCGAACCAGUAACACGUCUACUUAAAUUACAAUUGGAAACUGAAGCCCGAAAUGUGCUUGACAAAUCACGCAGCGGAAAGAUCGAAAGCACAGUUAUUCAAUAUGAAAUCGAUGAGAGAAAACUAAUGCUCUUAGAAGACUACAAUGAGGACGAAGAGCAGAGUUGUGGCUUUCAAAAAGUGUUAAACAAUGGCAAUGGCAUGACAUUACUUUGGAUUAUCUUGCUUCGUUUAUUGCAUGUGUUGACAGCUAAUAUGUAUUUAUUCAUCUUAUCAGCGAUUUCAAUAUCUACGGACCUAAAUUACGUUAUGCACAUUGUGCUAAUGUUUGUACGUCUCCUAAUUUUAACAAUUCCACAUUAUUCUAUCGAUAAACUAGGUAGAAAAAGUCUUUUACUGACAUCAGGACUUGGAAGCGGUAUAUUAUUGAUACCAUUUGGUGUACAGGCAAUGGACUGGAUUCAAAUUCGCGGAGAUUUAUUUACGAUCAUUAUAUUUGGUAUACACAUUUUUGCUGCACUUGGAAUUGAACCAGUUCAACCAAUUUAUGCAGCUGAAGCGUUUCCAUUAUCGCAACGAAACGGAUCGCUUACGAUUGUUACGUGUUUUGAGUAUAUUACACAAGGAACCAUUGCAAUUCUAUUGCUACGCGGUGAAAAACUUUCCCUACAAAUUUUACUUUUGGCAACGCCAUUCAUUGUCCUACUUUUGACAAUAAUCUUAUUUGCCAAACUACCGGAGACAAAGUCAUUGCCACUUCGCCGAUGCCGUGAUCUAUUUAACAAGAAUAUAGAGAAGAAAACUCUACCGCCUCGUGUUUCACGAAUCCACACGCUCGGCAGCACUUAUAUGUGAACUGUGAUUUUGUAAAAUGUAUUUCAUGGUUUUCUUUAUUAAAUUAAUUAAUUUUCACAUGUUUAUACAAUAAAAAAUUUCAGUUC